AUGGCUGCCAAUCCUCCGUGGCGCAUCCCGCAGCAGGUCAUCAUCCCCUUGAGCAUUCUCAUGAUCAUCUUUGCCACCUUUUCCUUUACCGGAUACCACAGCCCGUUUCGAGAGGGUGGCCAAGCCAAGCUGUUCACCACCAGUCGCACGCCAACCGAGGAACACUUUCUCAACCUUCGCAAGCGAGCCAGCCACUGGAGCUACCACCCCCUCCACGUCGUCCCCGCCAUCAUCUGGUCCCUCGCCAUGCCCCUGCAGCACCACGACCGCUUCCGCCUGCGCUUCCCCCUCCUCCACCGCCUCGCCGGCUACCUCAUCCUCCUCCUCUCCCUCCUCCUUAGCCUCACCGGCUACCUCUUCUUCUUCACCUCCAACGCCUACACGCACCCCAACCUCUUCCACCUCCACGCCCUCCCCGGCCUCCCCUCCCCCCUCCUCCGCUGGCCGACCUUUGAGCUCACCCUCUGGCUCAUCGCGCCCUUUUACUGGCUCACCAUCUACAAGACCGCCGCCGCCGCGCGCGCGCGCGACUUCCCCCGGCACCGCCGGUGGGCGGUGCUGCACACCAUCUGCGCCAGCUUCAUCAGCGUGGAGCGCGUGAGCCUGGUGGUGCUGCUAGGGGCUGGGUUCGCGACGAGUUUUCUGCCGCGAGAGGCGGUGCAUGGGUUCUUCGGCGUCGGGAGGGGGGUGGAGGAGAUGGCGGAGGCGGAGAUGGCCGUGUUUGCGCUGGCGAACACGAUGACGCACGUGGUGAUACUGUCGUGGCUGGCGUACGAGUGCGCAAGGGCUGGAUACUUUGACGCCGCCAAGGGCUAUCUGUCGUCCCGGGCGGAGGACAGGAGGGUGCUAGACAAGAAGGUGGAGUGA